AGUGCAGCAAAGAACCUCUCACAUCGCCCAACGGGACCACUAGACCAGCAGCGUUUCAACGUUUAUACUCGAUGCCGCCAUAUUACCUAUAUCGAGAGCUCCUCGACAAGAUAUGCAACGAACUGUGGGACGAGGAACGUGUCAACGACUCAGGUAGAGACCUCGCCAGGCUAGCGCAGGCAUGCAAAGUGUUCCAAGAUCCUGCGUUAGACGUAUUGUACUAUGAAAUUGUAGGCUUCGAGAGUCUUUUCAAGAUCCUGCCGCGCGACUCAUGGUCAACUGAUGGUGGUGCCUUCGCCUUGACACGGCCACUGCGAGUGUGCGAUUGGGAUGUCUUCCGCAAGAACGCUUCUCGCAUACGCCGGCUGUCCCAGCCUAUGGACACUCCCGCAAUCACGGCCGAAGCGUUCGAAGCUUUCUGUCUCUGCCCGCACUCUCCCAUCCUUCCCAACCUGCGUCACUUGAUGUGGGAAAAUAAAUCAUUGUUUCCCGGAAACCUACUUCGCCUUCUCUGCGGUCCCAAGCUUACCCACCUUGACUUCCCUUUUAUCCCCAGGUCGUUCAUGUCAAUCAUUUCCACGAUCUGCAUUGGAUGCCAUGACUUACGCUACCUUUCUGUUGGUCCGGCAUCCCGCAAAGAUUUCAGGUCAUUCUUGACCAUGGUGGAAGACGCCCUUGGUUAUGCUCCGGCGCUUCGGGUGAUCAAUCUGCGUUCGAAAACUACGGUAUCUUUCUUUGAGACUUCAAGUAAACUUCCUUGCCUUCAAGAAUUGGACGUGCAAUCUCUGCACAAAAUGGAAUUAGUAUCACCACCCGCUAGCAACGGCGUAUUAUUCCCUCUUCUUCAAAGCUUGGGGUUCUCUCAGACCCCUCUUGGAGACAUCUCAACUACCCUCUCUUUUCUCGGGCUUUUACCAUCCUUAGACUCGUUCUCUGCCUCCAUGUGCACAACUGGGUUGGCUCUGGAUAUAGCUUGCCUACUAAAGACGCUGGGCUUCAAUGUCAACCCUCAGAAAUUUACCGAUCUAUCAGUGGAAGGCGACUUGACUGAAGGUAUUGCAGACGCGCUACCGCUAACCAUGGAAUGUCUCAAACCACUGAUGCUCUUCGCAAACAUCCAAAACAUAUCCAUCACCACGACCGCCCCCUUCUCUCUCGAAGAUGGAGACAUUCGGACUCUCUCCGCGUCAUGGCCAAAUCUACAAAGCAUCGAGUUCGGCGGCUGUAAGCGCCUACAUGGCCACAAGAAGCCAACGGUUCAAGGACUUGCGACACUUCUAACCAACUGUCCACUCCUGGAAGAUGCCGACCUCGUCGUUGACAUGAGGUUGAAGCACAACCUGUCUCCAAAGUGGCUGAAUUGCGGGCCAAACGUCGAGAGGUUACACCUAGGCUUCUCUCCAUUGGAUGACCCGAUUUACGUCGCGUCGGCGCUCAACUUCUUGAUGCCAGGACUUACGAAGAUGUGGGCAUGGGAGGAUGACAUGGGUGUUCAGGCGCCAGGUGCACACGGUGACCAAUGGGCAGAGGUGAAACGUCUCGUAACGGGUUUCAAUGCUAGGGAGACUUACAGACGGCAGUGGCUUGCAUGAGAUGAUUGCACGCUUUCGCGUUCACGUUGACUUAUAUGCGCCAAGUCGACGAUAGUUUUAGCUACUAUGUUCGACGGGCCAUACGCGCUUGCUGUGGACGUCCAUCGCUUAGAAUGUAAAGUCGAUUUUUCA